AUGAGUGCUUUACCAACUCUCCGUUUGCCGCUGUCGAGGCUUAAGGGCCGGAUCACCACUAUCCAGACGAAUGCGAUGAUUCCGACCGUCCGCCUCGUCCGCGUCGUGCCCAAGCGAAAGGCUUCUACCCAGAACGCUGGGUUCUCCUCUGCCUCGCCCACGUCGUAUCUUCGCGCGAAUCUCGCUCCUGCCUUGGAAGCCUGCGUCCAGCCUCUCCCCUCUUGGAGUAUUCGCGGUGGCAUUGCUGCCUUUCUGCUCCACGGAGUAGAGUAUGAGGCGCGCAAGAUACUACUCAACGCGUGGGAGCCCCUGAAUGGUGUCAAGGAAAUGGCACAGCACAAGCUCAUUAGCUCGGUACUCACCUGCGACGUAUGCUGGGCACAUGAGCGAGGCGUUCGAUACGAUGUUCGACAUCUGGCCCGAAGCAACACCGCGUCACCCUGUCGUCUCAAGGACAUCUUGGUCUACCGCGGCCUCUGA